CAGGAAGCGCCAUGGAGCUUCCAAAAGGGGCCAAGAUUACACAUGCCGGACUGCUGCAGCACACACCGGAUGGAAAGACGGAACUGCAGAAGAUCACCCAGGCCGGGCUGGUGGCCCGUUCGCCCGAAGGUACGGCUGCGAAAGGGAUGAACAUUCGCGGCAAUGAGGACCUAUGGGUUGAGAUCCAGGCAAACACGUUCAAGAACUGGGUGAAUGAACACCUGCGGGAAUCCGGGCUUCAGGUGAUUGAAUUUCACGAGGACUUUUGCGAUGGAACGCUACUCUGCGCACUGGUGGAAGGUUUACAGAAGCGCCCGCUUAAACCCUCCUGGAACAAGCGGCCAGCCAAUCAGCAUCACUUCCUAGAGAACGUUACCACAGCACUCAACGCGAUCGAGGCGGACGGUGUAAAGCUCGUCAACAUUGGCAAUGUGGACAUUGUGAAUGGAAAUGUGAAACUGAUCCUCGGUCUUAUAUGGUCGUUGAUCGUACGGUAUCAGAUUGGACGAAGCAAGUUCCCACCGCGCAAGCUGAUGCUCGCCUGGUUACAGGCCGCCCUGCCCGACUGUAAGGUUAGCAAUCUGACCACGGAUUGGAACAGCGGUGUGUUGCUGUCGGCCCUGCUGGACUACUGUGAGCCGGGUCUGUUCACACACUGGCGCACGCUUAAUCAGAACGAUUCCGUACGCAACUGUGAGCGUGCAAUGAACCUUGCGUACGAACGGUUCGGUAUACCGAAGGUCCUGGAACCGGAGUACCUUGCAUCGAGAUGGUUGGAUGAGCUGUCCGGCAUGACGUAUCUGUCGUACUUUAUGCGACCUGGUGGACCGGGCUAUAACGCGACGAUGAAGUGGGUUAAUGGACAGAUCAAGCGUCCUGUUACCAACUUUACGAGUGAUUUCAAUGAUGGCAAAGUGUUUUGUGAAAUCAUCAAAGAUCUCGGUGGACCUGUACCCGAACCGGCGAAGCUCAGUUCUGAUCCAUCCCAGUGGGAAAACAACCAGCAGAAGGUGAUUGACGGUGGGCUAAAGCUUGGCGUCAAGCCAGUACUCUCCGCGAAAGAUAUGGCCACAGCCGACGAGGAGCAUCUGGGUGUGAUGGCGUACACGACCUGGCUGCGUUGGGUAAUUCCACGUCCUCCCCUUGCCAACAUGCUUACCGUGCAUCUGGACAGUACUUCGGGUCGGGUGGGCGAACCGACGGAGUUCCGCGUUGAGGCACUGUCGCGCGAUGUGGACAUGUCAAAGGUGAAGGCGUACAUCAGCAUGCCCAACACGAACAUACUGCACCAGGUGCGGUUGGGAUCGCGUGGUGAGGGAACCUUUGUGCCAGAUAAGUACGGCAUGCACGAGAUCGUACUCGAGAUCGACGAUAACCAACUUGGUGGACACUUCUUCCGGGUACUCCCAAGGCUUGUACACGUCGCCCCGCCUGGUAUGGCCCCGUGCGCCCUCGGAAGCCUUGUGGAAGUGCUGGUCAACGCAACCGGUGCACCGAAAACUGAGGACAUUCUAGUGACCGCCUACAGUCCUUCCGGGCGUCCGCUCAAGUGUCCGUUGAAGAAGAUCGAGGAAGGACAUAGUGCCAUUUUCAAGCCGGAUGAAGCCGGCGUUUGGGAAAUUGCCAUAACAUAUCAGGGUCGCCACAUCCAGGGCGGCCCAUUCACGUGUGCCGUGUUCGAUCCGAGCGGUGUAUCCGUGCACGGGCUGGACGGUGCCAUGCCACUAAGGGCUCACUCCUUUGAGGUGGAUGCCCGCGGUGUUGGAGUGAGUGGCGAACUGCACGUGGACAUUGUGCACGAAAAGCGCUCACUCGUCUGCUCGGUCGAGAAGCUGCAGGAGAACAAGUACCAGGUCACAUUUAUGCCACGCUCCAAUGGCAAGCAUCGGGUGUACGUUUACUUCAACGGAUAUGACGUCAAGGGAUCACCCUUCAUCAUGAAGGUUGGCUCGAAAGGAAGAUCCGGCAAGACACGCACUAGUCCACACCAGCACGAUGGAAAGCUGCGCUCGGAGAGUCCCUCCUACCAUUUCAAUUCGUCCUCGUUGACGCGCAAGACCGACAGCUCAUCGUUGCGUCGAGAUAUUUACUCGCCCACGACGGUACCGAAGUCGGGCUCUCGGUCACCACAAGACUAUGAGCCUGGCUUCAUCAAAAGCUCCACAAAGGAGACAUACACGAGUCGGGUUAUGUCGCCGGCAAGGCAUAGUCCUUCGCCGAAGCUAAUCUUCCCCACAACGGAGACCGAUUAUGGGGGAUUUCGUCGCAGUACCGAGCUACUGUCGCAACGUCGCGAUUCGGACGAGUUGAAGAGUCCGGUUCGUCUUUCCGAUGAGGGUGCAAGUUCGUACGUUAAGACAAUACGAACCGAAAACCACACAACGAAAACGAUCCGUACGAUGCUGGAUUCCGACAGCCCAAUCGCACAUAUCCGUGCCAGUCCGGGGUUGAAGAGCCCACAGACAGUAUCGGCCACGUUGUUGGACACCCGUGCCGCAACCAGCAGUCCCAAACCGUUGAUCACAACCACCAGUACGAGCACGUCCAGCACACGCUACAUUCCAUUGUCGGUGACGGAACAGCGCGUGGCGAGCCCAAUUGCAAUGCACGAAAAGUCCAACGGUACGUACAAGGUGACGGAACGCAACUCGACCUACAAAUCUACCGUAACCCGAGACGUCGUGCGCGACAGUCCCACGUUCGAGCGCGUACUCCGCAGUCCGCCGACGACUUCCACCAACGUGGUGGACUACUCGUCCAACAUCAAGGUGAACGCUAGCGGUGCCAACGGUGGACAACCCUCCCGGCGGGACAGUUACGACGUGAUCAAUAAGACGAAGCAUCUGUUCUCGCAGAACUCACUCGAAUCGCUGGCAAAUUUAACGGAACGGCAACUCAACACCGAUCUAACGUACGACCGCUCAACGCUCGACAACCAGACGGAAAAGAAUACACAGUUUAACAAGUUUUCGCUUGGCACUGAAACACAGCCCAAGCGUCCGAUCAUUGAAGACGAGGGACUGUACCGCGCUGGUGGAUAUCUCAAAAACUAUCGUACCGAGUCUAACGAAAAGUACGAACGAAUCAGUUCGUCUCAGCUGAAGAGUGGUUUCGAACCGAUCGGACGGGAUGUGAGUGGCGCACGUGCCAUUCGCGUCCAGGAUAUUCCUGACGGUGUGCUCGGUCGUCCGGUUGAGUUUGAAAUCGAUGGAUCGCAAGCCGGUUCGGGAAACUUGGAGAUCCUCGUCAACGGUGGACGGGUAACGUCGGCAGUCAGAGCACUCGGCAAUCAGCGCUUCAUCGCUAGUUUUACUCCGCACGAGUCUGGCACGCACACCGUACAGAUCACCUUCAACGAGGAAACCGUUCCCGGCUCACCUUGGAAUAUCAACAUAAUGUCGUCACCAGGGCUCACGGCUCUCGGUGAGUCCACGCGGUUAGUGCCGGCGAAUCUGCCGGCGGUUUUUGAGGUGCUGCCGCCCCCGGGCGCCUCGAUCCGCGGCAGCGACUGUGUCGCGACCGUGCUGUCCCCGAGCAAGACGAAAGUGUCCGCCCGCGUAACGCACGAGUCCGCCAACGGUGCGCUCCGCAUCGAGUUUGUCCCGUCGGAGGUCGGCACGCACAUUGUUGAAGCGUCGAUCGGUGGCACCACCCUCGUCGGUGGUCCACUCAUCGCCAAAGUGUACGACUCGAGCCUGAUCCAGGUGACGGACGUGAACGGCGGUGUCGUCGGACAGCCGUGCCAGUUCCGCGUGGAUGCCAGUGCCGCCGGUGAAGGUCAGCUCGAGAUUUCGAUCAACGAGGGUGAAGUGCCGAACCAUGUGCAGGUGGUUGGUGGUGGUCGCUGUCUGGUAUCAUUCACACCGGAGCAAGCAAAGCCACAUCUGAUCGAUAUUAAGUUUAACGGCGAAACGGUGAUUGGCUGUCCGUUUGUAUGCUCGGUUGCUGAUACGAGCCGGGUGUUGUUGAACUUGACCAAUCUCGAGCUGAUCCCGGUUAAUAGGCCCGCCUCGUUCCACAUCACUGUGAGCGGUGGUGGUGCGGCUGAGCUGGCCGUUAGUGUGCGGGGGCCACAGGGUGAGCUACCGGUGCGUGUAACUGGAGACAUUCAUGCUGGCUUUACGGCCGAAUUUACCCCGAACCAUGUCGGUGCACACACGAUCAAUGUGGAGUACAACGGGUAUCCGGUACAGGGAACUCCGUUUGUAGCUAAAUCGUACGACGCAACCAAGGUAGCGGUGGGAUCCGUAUCGAAAGGUACGGUUGGCCGGCCGGUGCAAUUCACCGUUGACGCCGGUGACGCGGGUGAAGGUAAUCUCGAAAUUACCAUCUCCGCCAAGGGUCACAACAUUCCCACGCAGGUGCAUCCACAAGGAAAUGCCAAAUUCGCCGUUUCGUUCGUACCGGCCGAACCGUGCGAGCACAUCAUCAACGUGUCGUUCAACAAAAUGCUUGUCCCCGGUUGUCCGAUCACGGUCAUCAUCAACGGUGGUACGACCGGACCGCAGGUUUCGCUCGGCGGUCCGGGACCACUGCACAUGCCCAACUCACUGGUCAUCAACCACGCCGGAGGCCGCCUGGAGGAUAUCGAAGUGAACGUCGAAGGCCCCUCCGGUCAUUCCGUACCGGCGCAGGUCUUACAGACGGCCGAUGGCGUAUUUAAGGCCGAGUUUGUGCCACGCGUUGUUGGCGAACAUCGGGUCAGCGUUACCGUCGAGGGACAACCGACCGUUGGCAGCCCGUACUCAGCGAAGGUUUACGAUGUAACGGCGAUCAAGGUAAAGAACGUUAACAAUGGAACCGUCGGGAAGCCGGUCGUAUUCUUGGUGGAAACAUCACAGGCCGGACCGGGCAAUCUGGAGGUGACAGUCAAUGGUGGGCGCGUACCGACGUCAGCACAGGCGCAGGGUCAACACACUUACGCGAUCAGCUUCACGCCCCGCGAGGCACAGAACCAUACGGUGGAGCUGCGGUUCAACGGGCAGGACGUACCGGGCAGUCCGUUCACCUGUAAGGUAUCACCAGCAGCACGCAUCGUCAGCAGCGAUCUUACCGAUAAGGUAAGCGUAGGACACAUGUUUGACUUUGUCGUCGAGUCGGAUAUAGCUCCCGUCGUCGAAGUGCUCGGCCCUGCACGUCGUCCCGUACGGGCGGAGAUCGUUCCAGCCGCUUCGGCCGGUUAUCGCGUCAAGUUCGAACCGGUGGAAGUUGGAGACCAUUCCGUCGAAGUUCGCUUGCCGGGCAGUGGGCACGUCGAAGGCAGUCCCUUCCUGCUGAAGGCUUACUCCGCCGAAAAGGUCGUCGUCACAGACAUCCGCCCGGGUGUGGUAGGUAAAAGCGUAAGCUUUGGCAUCAACGCCAGCCAGGCGGGUGCAGGAAAUCUGGAAAUUAUCGUAGCCGUUGGAGGGAAGAACGUACCGAACUUUGUCCAAUCGGAAGGAAACGCUCGAUUCAAGGUGAACUUCAAACCAACGGAAGCUGCCACCCAUUCGCUGUCGGUGCGUUUUAACGGAUAUCCCGUCCCGGGAUCACCCUUCGCCUGCCACGUUACCCAUGCACCGGUAUCACUCUCGAAAGCCAUCGCAACGGGUGAAUGUCUCCGGCAAGCACCGGUAAAGAGUGCCAGCGUGUUCGAGCUGGAAGGAUUCGACGGGAUCGAUCCGCAGGUGCUGAUUACCUCACCGUCCGGUGACACUGUUACAUCACGCGUAAACUACCAAGAUGACGUCCAUCUGGUGACGUUUGUGCCGACGUCCGUCGGACGACAUCUGAUCAGCGUCACGGCGAACGAUCAGCACAUCAACGGAUCGCCGUUCUCCUGCAACGUGUUCGAUGUGUCCCGGGUAUCGAUCAGUGGACUCGAUCCGCGCAACACCAUGGCAUCGUUGGGCGUACCGCUUACGUUCAGUGUGGAUGCGGCGGGUGCUGGUGAAGGAACGCUGGAACUCGUCGUUUCCACCGCCACAAGCACCGUCAAAGCGGAGGUGACCGCAUGCGCCCGGGGCCUGUACGAUGUGACGUUCAUACCGCAAAGCUGCGAACCACACUUUGUCAACAUCACCUUCAACGACCUGCCCGUCGACGGUAGUCCGUUCAGGUGCGAGGUCCAGCAAAACACCCAGAACGUCCAGGUUGGCAAUUCAACGCUUAUCGAACUGAUGGCCGAAGACCAGACGGUGGAAAUAUUCGACCCAGAGAACAAGCUCGUCCCGUUCACCCUUUCGCGCAAGGCGGCCGAGUUUAAGGCGGGCAAAAUCGGUCAGUAUGUGGUGCGGUACAUUGAUCAGGAAACGCGCAGCUUCAUCGCAGCUCGCACGAUCAACGUGUUCGAUCCGUCGAUGGUGAAAAUCGUGGAGGUGGGUGAGGCGUACUGUCACAAACCUGCCUCGUUGGUGGUGUCGACGAACGAAGCUGGCCAGGGUACGCUCACGUCGAUGGUGCGCUGCGGAGGGCUGGAAGUGCCACACUCGAUCCGUGGCACAGCGAACAGCGGUGUGUGGGAAAUCGUGUACCAUCCGACGCGUGUCGCACCGCACAAGAUCAUGAUCCUGUACAACCAGGUACCGAUCUCGAACAAAGCCAUCGAAAUCAAUGUUCUGGCACCGGCGAUGAGCAAAGAGAUCACCGUGAACGGAUUGGGUCUGUAUCAGGCUCGUGUGGGCAAGACAACUUCUUUCGCGAUCGAUACCGUCGGUCAUCCGGCGCGUGAGUUUGAUGUGGUCGUUUCGGGUCCGGGCGGUCAGGCACUGCCGGUCCGGUGCUAUCAAACGAAGGGUGGUCAUCUGCAGGCAGAGUUCACCGUGCAGAAAGUUGGUCAAUGUUUGAUUGAUGUUCUUCACCAAUCGAAACCAUUGAUGGGCAGUCCGUACACGUGCGAAUCAUACGAUCCGACAAAGAUUCAGCUACAGAAGGUGCCGAAGAUGAACCUGUGCGCCAACUCGCCUAUCUCGUGGAUUGUCCAAUCUGAGUCCGCCGGUGUCGCAGAAAUCGAGGUAACCGUCCUAUCCCCAACCGGACAGAACGUCCCCGUAAAACUCACCCAACAAGACGACUACGAACAUUCGAUCGAGUUCGUUCCGCAGGCGGCCGGCCACUACAAGGCCACGAUCAUGUACGGUGGCGAAGCGGUCCCCAACUCACCCAUCACCUUCGCCGUCCAAUCGGCCGGUGGUAAGAGCGAUAGCCAUGCGUCCGGAAACGGGCUCGAGGUUGCACACCGUGGCAAAGAAACGUCGUUCGUGGUGUUCUGUCCCACCACACCGAAUGUACAGAUCGAGCGAAGCGAUGAGCAGGCGGAACGGAUCGAACCCCGCAUCAAGAACAUGGGCAACAACCAGUGGAAGAUUUUCUACACGAUCCUCACGGUGGGACGGUACGAAAUUCGGGCGAGCUGCACAAACCGUGGCCCCCUGCCCGGUUCGCCCUGGAACAUUUCGUGUCUCGAUCCGGCCAAAGUGACACCGAUCGGUGGGUGGGGAUCGUUGCUGGAUGGAAGCGGGAAGUUGGUGCUUCCGAGCAAGAUCGUGUUCGAUACCAGUAUGGCCGGUCCGGGAGAGCUUACGUGCUACGUGGACGAUGCGGAGGUGAUGGUGGAGAAGCAGGGCAGCGGGAAGAGUGUUCUCUUCCUGUCGGACGAUGGAUUGAGCAAGGGAGAGCAUAGCUUUGAUCUGACCUGGUCCGGGCUGCCAAUUUCCCAGAGUCCCGGGUUCGUGUACGUAACCGGUAUGACGAUCGGAUCGGAUCGAGUAGUGUUAACGGGCCGCGGGCUAACAACGGCCCAGGUUGGUGAGGUGUCUCACUUCACCAUCGAUGCUACGGAUGCGUUGUCCGGCAAGCCGGAAGUGCACAUGUCGUACGAUGAUGGAGAAUCGCUUCCGGUCACACUGUUACAACCUCGGCCCAACGAGCUAAUCUGGCUGGCGUCGUACAACCCGCACAAAUCUACCGGUGGACCACUCAGUCUCGAGGUGGAAUGGAACGGAAGGAUCAUUAAAGGAUGCCCCCUGACGAUACCGGUCGGACCGGCCGUUGAUGCGGCGAAAGUGCUAUGCUCCGGUGAAGGUCUCCGGAAUGGAGUCGUUGGACGGGAAAUUAAAUCAUGGAUCGAUACGCGCCGUGCUGGGCCAGGUGAGCUGACGGCGCACUGUGCCGGCCCUAGGAAGGUUGCUUACUGCGAGCUGUACGAUCAUGGUGAUGCGACGUUCACGCUGAACGUGAAACCACAGGAACCGGGCCGACAUACGCUAACGAUCAAGUACGGUGGACAGCAUGUGCCCGGGUCACCGUACACGCUCCGGGUGGUUGGUGCGCCGGACGCUAGUAAGGUGCGUGUUUACGGGCCCGGAAUCGAGCACGGUGUGUUGGCCACGUUCCAGUCAAGGUUUAUCGUGGACACGCGGGGUGCCGGCGCAGGACAGCUGACGGUGCGUGUCAGAGGACCCAAGGGUGCGUUCCGGGUUGAGAUGCAGCGCGAAAGUCAAAAGGAUCGGACCAUCCUGUGCAAGUACGAUCCCACCGAACCGGGUGACUAUCGGGUGGAGGUAAAGUGGGCCGGCGAGCUCGUCCCCGGAUCACCCUUCCCCGUGCUAAUCUUCGACACACAGGAGGAGCUGAAACGAUUUCUACAUGGAAACUGAAA